AGCAUUAACUAUGGUGGCGGGUUAAAAAAACUGCACAAUCAAAACCUUUGAAAUUCAUCUACAAAAUGUUGGUAAACAGCGAUGCGGGAAAUUAGACACAUUGUUCUAGGCUACCUCUCCGAUGCCAUCGGUCAAUCAUUUUUUAUCUCAAAUGCCCGUGCUGGUUGUACCCACCUGAACAUGAGACGUUGUCACCUAGCCGCACGGGCCGAGGGUUAGGUCUGCCAAGGCGUCCCUGGCCGGCUGCUCGCCUGAGCGCUCCGCGGGGCGGUGACACGGCAGCGGGCCCGGCGACAUGUCCACGGCUCAGAUCUCGGCUCUGGUGUUCGGGGUCGGAGGGUUCGGCGCUCUCGUCGCUGCCACCACGUCCAACGAGUGGAAAGUGACCACGCGGGCGUCCUCGGUGAUAACCGCCACGUGGGUUUACCAGGGGCUGUGGAUGAACUGCGCAGGGAACGCGUUGGGUUCGUUCCACUGCCGACCGCAUUUCACCAUCUUCAAAGUGGAAGGUUACAUCCAGGCAUGUAGAGGGCUUAUGAUCGCUGCUGUCAGCCUGGGCUUCUUUGGUUCCAUAUUUGCACUCUUGGGAAUGAAGUGUACCAAAGUUGGAGGUUCAGAGAAAUCCAAAGCUAAAAUCGCUUGUUUGGCUGGAAUUGUAUUCAUACUGUCAGGGCUGUGCUCAAUGACCGGCUGUUCCCUGUAUGCAAACAAGAUCACAACAGAAUUCUUCGAUCCUCUCUUUGUGGAGCAAAAGUACGAACUGGGAGCUGCUCUGUUUAUUGGAUGGGCAGGAGCCUCUCUCUGCAUCAUUGGCGGUGUGAUAUUUUGCUUCUCAAUAUCUGACAACAACAAAACGCCCAGAAUGGUAUACACAUACAACGGGGCUACAUCGGUCAUGUCUUCUCGGACAAAGUAUCAUGGCGGAGAAGGAGAUUUUAAAACCACCAGCCCUUCAAAACAGUUCGAUAAAAAUGCUUAUGUUUGAAGAGCUCUGCUGGCAAGCUGUGUCUUGAGUUUGAUCCCAUCAAAGACCCUCCUAUAAUUAACGAUCAAACUAUUUUUAAAAUAUGAAUUUGAAGAAUGUGUUGAUUGUAUGGAUGUAAAUGUUCUUACAUGGUCAUGUACUAAUCAUUUUGUUAUGGGUUUCUAUAAAAAAAAACAGGUUAUUUACAGGAUUUGUCCAUUUCGUACAUUUACAGGAUGUGUAAAAGCAUUUGAUACCAAAGGUUCAAGAGGUAUUCGUAAUAUAUCCUUUUUGAUCAUUCAUACUUUGAGAUAUUUGAUCCCAUUUCUUGUUUCAUUCAUAUAUUAAACAGGAAGUAUAUAAAGAACGGUGUCUUCUAAACACUGUGGGGCCAAUCUGAGACUGUUCCUCACAAGACGUCCAAGUUAAAUACACAAGUUAUUGGCAGCUGCAUCGAGCUGCCUUCUAGUUUCUUGCGCCCAUUUGUCACACCUGUCAUUUAUUGUUAUGGCUCAAGGAAGGGCCAGUGAGGACAAAGUGUUAUUGCCCUUUCUGUGCCACAUCCACCUUUAAGUAACUGCCCAGUCUUCUCUGAAACAGCAGGGUUUUAGCAGCUCAGCUGCGGCCACCAGCUGGGGUGAACUCUAAAAGCAACAAAGGAAGUCCCAGAGCCAGCAUGGCACCUGCCUCACUCAGAACUGAUGGGCUGUGUCUUACAGGUUCUGUUAGGGAACCAACUGGGAAUUGAGAGAUUUGCCAUUUUUCAAGACAUGUGAGUUGCUCCAACAAGGACAUCAAUGCCAAAGGCCAGGUCUAAAUAUAAUAUGCCCACAAGGGCAGCGGUCAUCACCAUGAACACAAAGCUUACAUGCCCUACCUAACCCCUCAGGCUUCCCUAUGCAGCAUGUACUUUUCUUAUCCUGCAUUUACAGAGAAGGAAAUUAGAGCAGAGUUUGAGAAACUUGUCACAGUAGUGACAGAACAGGACUUAGAGCUGGGACAGUCCAGGGGGAAAUACAGAAUUAGAACUGGUGAGAGCUGGAAGCAGCUCAGUUGUAGCAUACAGGAGUCCCCGAGACCUAUUAUCCUCCAUCCCCAGCAUGGGGACAUAGCAAGGGGGCUGGGGACACAGCUCUGCGUACCUGUGUUAUCUGGAGGAGGUUGUCCACUAUGAAUUGAAACAGGUGAAUAAAUUAUUUCCCUGGUGUGAAAGCCUUAAAAGGGAAAAAAAAUCACGUUGUUUGGAGGUGUUGAAUGGAAAGAAAAGGAAAUGAACAAGUUUGUUUAAAUUUCCAUACUAGUUAGUGCCACGUUAGCAAAGUACUUGAAAUAUCUUUCUCCAGAAAGACAUAAAGGUAGGAUAGGUGCUUGUGGCUAGUGUGCAGACAGGACUAUGUAAGUGUGCAUUUAAAAUAAUUUUUUUUUACUUACAGUGGAGCUGGUAAAAAUGUACUGAAAAAUUUCAGGAGGAGGGAGGAUGAAGGUAUGGAAAAAUUCUGCAAGUAAACAGAAACAUGUUAGCUGGCUCACAGGAGGGGCCCUAGAAGGUAAUGGUCCAAAGGAAAAGGAACAAACCAAAUGCCAAAAAAAAAAUGCUAUGGCUAGACAGAUAAAAGAUUGGCUUUUGUGACACAAACACAUUGACUUAAUUUAAAUAUUGGGAUUAGUUUUUAGCAGGAGCAGACAUUUUCCACAGCCUGUCUGCUCAAGACCAAGACAGAACUUGGAAGGUGCUUGGUUUAUAGACUGCUCUUGUCACUUUCUGGUUGUAUAUAGGGCCUUUGGUAAGUUACUUAAUAACUUUGUUUCUCAUAUCUUUAAAAUGAGGGUCAUAAAACAGCCACCUCUCACAGUAGUUCUAAUUAAGUGAACUAAUGUGGUUUAAAAGCAAAAACAAACCCAAACCAAGUGGCUCAAUAAGUAUUUGCUGCAGAAAUGAUUGUGUGAACGAAACAAGGCAUGGCUACCUCAGGCUCACUGAAUGUGUAAGUUGCCUAGCUCUGUGUUUCCUAGUGAAACUGAUUCAUCAUUUAGUAAAAGAUUUUAGAAACAGAAUGAGUGUAUCUGCAUUAAAAUGUUCUUGCAGGAAGUUGGGGAAUGUUUACAAAUUUAGAAUAGGUACAAGUGAAAGGUUCCCUGGGGAGAUAGAAACAGGUUUAUUCUGAAGCCAGGAUGUUAUGUGGCUACCACAGCAAGCCCCUCCUCUAGUUAAAACCUCACAAAAGUAUCCUGGGCCUGGAUGUACCUCAGUGGCACAGCGCCUGCCUAGCAAACACAAGGUCCUGAGUUCGAUCCCCGCCCCACUAAAAGUAUAUAUCCAGCUGUGUGUAUAGUGGUGUGUGCCUGUAAUCCCAGCACUCAGGAGGCUGAGGCAGGAGGAUCACCAUGAGUUCAAGGCCAGCCUGAACUUCAUAGCAAGACCCUGUCUCCAAGAAAAGUAUAAAUUCAACUUAGA